GAAAAGUAACGAUAACGACAGAGUCAAACAUCAAUACAAAUGGAUCGAUCCUUAAAAGUACAAACGAGAAACUUCGAAAUUUGUUCUUUCACACCUCCUUCUAGAUCUGAAGUACGUUACAAUAAUUAUCAACGAAGAUGCUGUCAAAAACAACUCGAAGGUUUAUACGCUCCCACAAAUCGAGCCUACAGAGAGUUAGGUCAUCCUUUGGUCGUUGAUGCAACACUUUUGAUUAAAAGUACCCUUGGUUACAUUCCUCAACGUCCUAACAUGCUGUAUGGACAUGAGUCAAACGAAUGCACUGAAGGCGUUGAAGGCAAAAAAUGUGAUGAAGAACAGUGGAAGGGUUUACCAAGGGAGUCAGCUGAAAAAAGUUGUCAGCCGCUGCGUCCCAAACAAGUUGGAAUUAAUGAAAAGCCUACAGCUUAUUCAACACAGUCAGGUUCUGCAUAUAUGGAAAGAAGACGUAAACGGGGCUUUGUCGAUUUAAAGAAAGUUAUUCAGCAAUCCAAUGACAUGACAAAAUGUGUCAAGCAUGGAAGAAGCUUCUUUGGUAUGCUUCGUCAAGAACUAAUACAAAAAGUAUAUAACUUCUGGUAUUUAUAUAAUGAAGUUAUAGAGUCAAGAAAAAGUCGAAUCAUACCUCCAGUUCGUGCAUAUACAUUAAAUGAACAAAAUCACUUGAAUGGUGAAUCAGUAGAAAAGACAAUUCAUGAUAUUGAUGAAGAUGAACUACUUGAUGAAGAGCCAGAAAUACGUGAAUUAAUGAAUAAUUUAAUUGCUACUGGUUGUGAUUUAAAAAUUCCUUUAACUAAAACACAAGAAUUAUCAAGUAAUAUUAAACAAUCUGAUAAUUAUAUAACUUCAGCUACUGAACAUCGGCGUCUUAAACAAUAUAAACAAUGGUAUAGUGAAUCGCCAAAACCUUUUACACCGAAAUUUUUCAAUAUAUGCAAACCAGAUUUUGGUAAAGAUUUAAAUUCUAAUCAACCAUAUGAAACUUAUAAGUUGAUAACUUCUAGUGAUGUGAAAGAAGAUAAACAGAAUAAAGAUCAUGAUGGUGAUCAUGAUGAUGAUCAUGAUGAUGAUUCAUUUAGAGAUAUUAUAUUUACACAAAUCUGUUGUGUUUUAUGGAUUAUGGAACAAAUGUAUAAUUUAUCUCACCCUGAAGUUGACUUCAAAUGGAGGCCAAUAUCAGCUUCGUGGAAAUUGAGUGAUUCAUCAAUAGAAUUAGGAAAAUUAUGUGAACAACAAAAUCAACCUGAUCAAAUUUGGCAUGACUUUGUUUAUGAUACAAAUUAUAAACAAGCAAAGACUAAAUAUCAAAAUCAGCAAAUUGAUUCAACGAAUAGUUUGAAUUCUUUACAAUCUGGUACAUUAUCAUCGGAACAAAGAUGUCCAACACCUUCAUCAUCAAUUAUGAAAUUGCAAUCAAUCAAUAAAGUGUCCAAAUUUGAUACUACUGAACAAUUAUCUGAUCAACCUUCAUUAUUAGAAGAGAAUUUCAAUGUAUCAUCAAUAAUUAAUCAAUCAGAUCAAUUAAUAUCAACAAAUGAUUUGAUUGAUUUACAUCCAAAUAAUCAAAAGAAAAUCAAUCAAAAUCUUAAUAAAAUCGAUAAUAAUAAUAAUAAUAAUACAUCAAUAUCUAAUCGAAAAUGUGUGCAAUUUUUGAAAAGUGCAAAUUCUGUUAAGAAAAAUAAAAAUCAAUGGGUAAAUUGUAUAAAUGAAAUUCAUAAAAUGUCAAAAGAAACCCUUAGUGAACUUGCGCAUCAGAUUGAAGUUGAAAUGGAUAAAGAAAGUUUGAAAGAAUCAGAAUUGAGAUUAACAACAAGAGGUCAAAUAACAAAAAAAACUGUUGAAAAAAAGCCAGUGAAAGGUCACGUGAAUGAAGUUCCUAAAGAGUUUUCCAGUCAUAAGUUAAUAAAUUUAGUGAAUAACAUACGCAAACAAUUAUCAGUAAUGACUGAUGAGAACGCUAUUAAAUUGCAAGAUCGUUUGGAAUUUAUGAAACAAAUAAAACCAGAAAUAUGCUUGACUAAAUAUCAUAAUAUUCCUACUAAUCGUUAUACACAUAUAGCUAUGCAAUGUAUGCGUAGAAUGGCUCUUUAUAAUAAAGCAACUGGUGAACUGGUUAAAAAAUCGAAUCAAAAAAAUGAAUUAGCUCCAUGGUAUUUGGAUAUUUUGGCUGAUUUAUGCGAUCUAAAAUCUGAACCGAAAUUUAUAACCGUUUUAUCUAAACUUAAAUUUUAUGCUCAAUUGUCACCAAGUCUAUUUACUGUGAUGUCAUUUACUCGUGUCCUGUGUUCUUUAACACUUUGGGAAAUUCUUUUACCAGCAAGUGCUGUAGCCAUUGAUUUUAUACGAACACGUAUUGUAGACAUGUCCACUGAAGAAUAUUUUGAUUGGUUAUGUCAAACGUAUCCAAAAGUCAAGGAACUUAUCAACCACAGUACGGAAGAAUAAUAAUUGAAAUAAUCAAUAACUGACUUUAUUUAGUUUCUUUUUUGUGAACUUCCAUUUCAUCAUCAAUUGUGUAUGCGUUUAUUUUCUCAUCUCUGUUGUAUCUAUCUAUAAUGUUUAAAAAACUUUUCAUGAUUAUAUCUGAUUGUUAAUCAA